CAGUCUCAGAUCUGAUUUCUCUCCACCAAAACACUCUCUCUCUCUCUCUCUCUCUCUCUCUCUCUCUCACUGUAGAUUCAUUGUUUUAAAGUUUCCCACUUUAUCAAAUCUUGACCCCAUACUUUCCCGAGAAAACCUUUUCCUAGAGGCUAGAGCGUAUGUACAACUAAGCAUGAGCUUUUUGUUUGAUACUUUUAUAUAAUCAUAGCUUGUAUGUCUGAAACUUUGUUAAAGAUUCAGCAGCACUGUUCUGCUUUAUGAGCUUUUGAUAUCAUGCCCAUUUUUAUUCACGAAAAAUGGUUGUAGUUAUAGUAUUUGCAUGAUUAACCCAAUCAAUAUUUUCCCUUUCUAUAGAGUUGGAAUUUGAGGCUUUAGCUUCCUGAGGAAUGGGGAAUUUCUGGGUUUCUUUCUGUUUCUUGUUUCCGGCACUCAUUCUUGCUAUGCAUGCUCCAAUUUCUACUGCGCAACUGCCUCCAAGCGAAACCCGAAUUCUUUUCCAAGUUCAAAAGCUCCUUGAAUACCCUGAAGCUCUUCAGGGAUGGACAAAUUGGACCAGCUUCUGCUACCUCUCUCCCUCACCUUCUCUCAAGAUUGUUUGCUCAAACAAUAGCGUAACCGAGUUAACUAUUGCCGGAAACAGAAGCUCCCCUUCUAACAGACCAAAACCAGCUUCUGGGAAAUUCUCUGUUUCUCAGCAAACUCUAUCUGAAAGUUUCUCCAUUGAUUCUCUCUUUACUGUUCUAACAAAGCUUUCAAACUUAAAAGUGUUGUCAGUUGUUUCCUUGGGAUUGUGGGGUCCUUUACCAGCCAAGAUCAAUCGGUUAAAGUCACUUGAAGUGGUAAACAUUAGCUCAAAUUUUAUUUAUGGAGAGAUUCCUUCAUCAAUUGCUUCAAUGAGCAAUCUGAGAAGUCUUGUUUUGACUGAUAAUUUGUUCAAUGGGAGUGUUCCAGAUCUUAAAAGUCUAGUACUUCUUCAAGAGCUGAAUUUGGGUGACAACCAUCUUGGACCUGAGUUUCCCUCACUAAGCAACAACAGUCUUGUAAGUAUUAUAUUGAGCAACAAUUCUUUGAGAUCUGAGAUUCCUUCAAAACUCAUCAACUUUGCGAAGCUCCAGCAGUUUGACAUCUCCUCAAACAAAUUUCUUGGACCAAUCCCAUCAUUCCUUUUCUCUCUGCCUUCAAUUCAGUAUCUUAAUUUGGCCGAAAAUCAACUAAGCGGGGCUCUUCCAAUGAACAUAUCAUGCAAUGAUGAGCUUAAGCUUGUAGAUGUUUCCCACAACCUCUUGAUAGGGAAACUGCCAUCCUGCCUGGCGUCAAAGUCUUCAAACCGGUCAAUACUCUUCUCAUGGAACUGUUUCUCCGGCGGGAACUCAAAUUAUCAGCAUCCAUAUACUUUUUGCCACAAAGAAGCAUUGGCCGUUAAGCCUCCAAUCAAAAGCAAGGAGAAGUCCAGAAUGAACCUAGGCUUAAUCCUCGGUAUCAUUGCAGCUGUCGUGGCCAUUGCUGGGGUUCUUGGGCUGCUGAUUUUGGUCAUUAUCAGACGGACAGAAGGGAGGAGAGGUGAAGACAACAAAUUUGACAGACCUUUUGCUGAUAAAAUGUCCGUUCGUAGCUCCCCAAGAUCAAACAUUGAUGCAAGGCGUGUAAACCAGACAAUGAGGCAAGCAACACUAGGGCUCCCACCAUAUCGUGUUUUCACACUGGAUGAGAUUGAAGAUGUGACGGACAACUUUGACCAAUCAAAUUUGAUUGGGGAAGGAUCUCAAGGGCAGCUCUAUAAAGGUUGGCUGAGAGAUGGUUCAGUGGUCCUGGUGAAGUGCCUGAAACUAAAGCAAAAGCUUUUGCCUCAAAGCUUGAUGCAGCACAUGGAAGUCUUAUCGAAGCUGAGGCAUCGGCAUUUGGUCAGCAUCCUUGGACACUGCCUCGUCACUUAUCAGGACCACCCUAAUACAGCUAGCACUGUCUUUAUUGUUCUUGAACAUGUUCCAAAUGGAUCGCUAAGAGAUUAUCUUAAGGAUUUGAGAAAAAAGGAGGCGUUGAAAUGGCCACAGAGAAUGGCAAUCACCAUCGGUGUUGCAAGGGGUGUCCAGUUCUUGCACACAGGGAUUGCACCCGGCAUAGUUGGAAAUAAUCUGAAGAUGGAGAACGUUUUGUUGGAUGACAGCCUCAGCGCGAAAAUUAGUAGCUAUAACAUUCCCUUGCCAUCCAAGGUAGGUUCAGAGAGCCCUCUCAGUGGACAAGAUAAUCAUCUGGGAAGCAGUGAAAUUGCAGAAAAGGAAGAUAUUUACCAGCUGGGUGUUAUCCUACUUGAGGUUAUAACUGGUCAGCUGACAACAUCAGCCAGUGAAGUGAAUGAGCUAAAGCUUCAGCUAGAGUUGGGCUUGGCAGAAUCAGCAUCACAAUUACGGUCUGCCACCGAUCCUUCCUUUCAGGGAACUUUUGCAUAUCAAUCAUUAAAGACCACAGUGGGAAUUACCCUCAACUGCCUCUGCAAAGAUCCGAGGAAGCGCCCUUCAAUAGAAGACGUUCUUUGGAAUUUGCAGUACUCGAUUCAAGUUCAAGAAGGAUGGACCAGUAGUGGAAACCUAGGUACACAGAUGUAGUGCUUUAUUAAAACAAUUCUUAUACUGCUGUUCUUUCUGCUACAAUUCAAUUGUGGUGAAAAAUAGAUGUACAUAGAACUGCUGCCCUGCAGUUUUUGCCUCAUUAUUGUGUCUCUAUUACCUUUUUCCGAUGAUUGACCAGGGUUUUGGAAUAAUUAUGGGUAUCACCUUCC